CCGGCACGUGCAGCGAGUGAAUGACUUCCUCGGACCCAUAUCCGUCACCUGUCCUCACCGCAACAGGCAUGCCACCCCUCCGUUCUGUCUGAUUCUCCUUCUGUUCUCUCCUCCCCAGCAUGUGUCCAGCAGACCGCAAACUGAGCUCCCGUCUCGAGUCACAGAAAAGCAAAACCUUCCGGCCAAAAUACGGCUAACAAGCGAGGCGUUGAGCCACAGCCCCCAAACGACGACAUCAGAGCCGCAAAGAGAUACAGGACGGAAUCGACGUCAUUGCCGGACGCCGUUGAUGCAUCCUCGUCGCAAGUCGUCCACGGCGAGCGCCCGCCAAAAUUCCCAUGUCCCCCUUAACCCUAGCCACUUGAGGGAGGUCCAUGUCCCCUCAGACCCCUCCACCUCCCCCGACGACACCAAGCUCACCAUGUCGUUCCCCGCCCAGGACCCCGCCGCCUCGAGCAGCUCCCCCCAGAACACCGUCGAGUUUUCGACCGCUGGCAUCCCCCCCGUGCCCGACGGUGCCUCGGUGCACUCCAAUGGCGAGAGUGUUCCCCCCGACCAAGGCGGCGCCGUCAUCGAAGUUGACUUGGAGCAUGUCCCGCGCUCACGGUUGCGGAGUAACAGGGACUGGGACCAAAGCUCUGGCUGUGGGAGCGAGAACUGCAAUCAUGGCUCGCUGUCCCCCAGGCCCUGGCAUCAAAGGGAUUAUGGAAGCAUCAGCUCUGACAUGUCGAGAGAUGGCUUCGGUGGACGAUAUGCGGGCGGCCUGGCCCAAGGCCCCGGGGAGAGCGCGGAUCCCACACAUGCCCUGCUGGGUGGCACGUUCGCAGACGGUGUUCUGGGGUCCGCCAAUGGGCACAAGAUGAGCACUACGCGAUGGCUUGCUGAGAGGAAUGGCAUCAAGAACCAGAAAUCUAUGUAUCUCGCUUACUAUAUUCCUAUAUUCAACUGGGCACGGCAGUACAAAUGGCGAUAUCUUCGGGGCGACUUCGUUGCCGCGCUCACGGUAGCCUCUUUCUACAUCCCCAUGACACUCUCCUACGCCUCGAACCUUGGCCACCUUCCUCCUGUCAACGGGCUCUACAGCUUCGCCAUCAACCCGUUGAUCUACGCCGUGCUCGGUACCUGCCCCCAGAUGGUUGUCGGCCCCGAAGCCGCUGGCUCUCUUCUUACAGGCGAAGUGGUGCGAGAGAACAUUCGGAAAGGAACAACCGACGAUGAGGACGGCGUCCGCAAUGCUGAGAUUGCAGGCAUUGUGACGUGCAUGGCAGGUGCCUUUAUCUUCACCGCUGGCCUCUUCAGACUUGGCUUCCUCGACAACGUCCUCAGUCGACCGUUUCUGCGUGGCUUCAUCAGCGCUAUCGGUGUUGUCAUCUUCGUGGAUCAACUGAUCCCUGAAAUGGGAUUGGCUAGGCUGGCCGCCGUGGAAGUGUCCCACGGAAGCUGCUUGGACAAAAUCAUUUUCCUCUUCCGCAAUGCAGGUAAAGCCCAUGGCCUUACCUCGGCCGUCUCGUUUGGUGCCUUUGCGAUUAUCAUGUUCUUCAGAGAACUAAAAAAGAGGCUACAGUCACGAUAUCCUAACGUCGCAUACGUGCCCGAUAGGUUCCUUGUCGUCGUCUUCUCCGCCAUUUUAGCCUGGAGAUGUGGCUGGGAAGAUAAGGGACUCGCCGUACUUGGUGAUGUCAAGUCCGGAGGCAAAACUUUUGCAGUUCACUUCCCGUUCGAAACAUCGCAUCUCAAAUAUGUGUCAGAUGCUGUAAACACAGCACUCAUCAUUGCCCUGCUUGGAUUCUUCGAAUCCUCAGUCGCUGCAAAAAGCCUUGGCAACGGUGAAGGCAAGAAAGACGGUAUCCAAAAUAUGUCACUAAGCGCCAACCGGGAGCUCAUUGCCCUCGGCACUGCGAACGUUGUCGGUGGUCUCUUCAUGUCUCUCCCCGCCUUUGGCGGCUAUGGUCGGAGUAAAGUCAACGCCUCAACAGGCGGCACAACACCUAUGAGCUCCAUCUUCCUCUCCCUCAUAACCAUAAUCUGUAUCUGCUUCCUCCUGCCCUACUUCUACUUCCUCCCCAAAGGCGUCCUCUGCGCCAUGGUCUCUGUCGUUGCCUACUCCCUCGUCGAAGAAGCUCCUCACGACAUGAAAUUCUUCUGGCGGAUCCGAGGAUGGUCUGAAAUGAUCCUCAUGUUCGGCAUAUUUCUCGCAACCAUCUUCUGGGACUUAAAGCGCGGCAUUGCCGUCGGAAUUGGGCUCUCCAUCCUCCGUCUCAUCCGCCAUUCCACUAGACCCAGGAUCCAGAUUCUGGGAAGAGUACCAGGCACGACGGAUAAAUUUGCGAACGCGGAACUGGAUCCCGGGAAUCUGGAGUUCAUUGAGGGUUGCCUGAUCAUCAAAAUCCCGGAACCGUUGACGUUUGCAAAUACGGGGGAUUUGAAGAACAGACUGAAGCGUCUGGAAGACCAUGGCACCGGCGCAGUGCAUCCUGCGUUACCACGUGUCAGACGUGAAGAACACAACAAAAACAUCAUUUUCGACGUCCAUGGCGUUACGAGUCUAGAUGGAGCGGGUGCGCAGGUGUUGUAUGAGAUUAUUGAGGGUUAUCGGGACAGAGGCGUUAUGGUGUUCUUUUGUAGAGUGCCGAGUGAGAGGAGUCAGGUCUGGAGACUGUUUGUGGCCAGUGGGAUUGUAGAUAUGUGUGGUGGGAGACGUUGUUUUGUGAAUAGUGUGGAGGAGGCAUUACGGUUAACGGAGAUGGAGGGGGGAAGGGGAGAGGGUUAUCGGAGUGAGGAUGACUGAGGGGGUAUGGGGAAAAAAUUUAUUAUACGGAUCAUAUCGCUUUGGGAAUGGAAAAGUAGGCAUUUGGGAAGUGG